AUUUUCAAUCAAGCUCACCCAGCACACUGAGGAAUAUAUUCCCACUGAAAGCAAAGUGAAGAUCAGAAAUUAUUUUCUAGCUCCUGGAGCUGGAGCAGAGCUGACUCCGUGCUGAGAGGAGCCGGAUCCGUGAGAAAUGUAGCUUGGCUCAGGGCUACAUCAGGGAGCUGCUAUUUCAGCUGUUAAAGAUGGCAAAACAACACCUACCUCAGGUUUUUCAAUGAUUAGUGCUGUUUUAAUAACCGGGAGGGAAGAGGAUGUGAGAAAUUUUGUGAAAUUAACUUGUGGCAAUGUUAUCAUUUGAGAAAGUGGGGAAAAUUACUAGACUUGAACUUUUCUUCGUUUUGAUGCUCUUUUUCUCUGGACCAACUCUGAGCAAGCUGACUCGGACCCCCUGGAAAGGAAAACCUUGGAAAGGGGGAUCUCGUCUUCGCCAGGAAGACUUCCCCCCACGGAUUGUGGAGCACCCUUCAGAUGUCAUUGUCUCUAAGGGAGAGCCCACCACUUUGAACUGUAAGGCAGAGGGCCGGCCAACGCCCACCAUUGAGUGGUACAAGGAUGGUGAGCGGGUGGAGACUGACAAGGAUGAUCCCCGGUCUCACAGGAUGCUUCUGCCCAGCGGAUCCUUAUUUUUCUUGCGCAUUGUACAUGGGCGCAGAAGCAAACCUGAUGAAGGAAGCUACGUCUGUGUUGCAAGGAACUAUCUCGGUGAAGCAGUGAGUCGAAAUGCAUCUCUGGAAGUGGCAUUGUUACGAGAUGACUUCCGGCAAAAUCCCACAGAUGUUGUAGUGGCUGCUGGAGAGCCUGCGAUCUUGGAGUGCCAGCCUCCCAGGGGACACCCAGAACCCACCAUCUACUGGAAGAAAGACAAAGUUCGAAUUGAUGACAAGGAAGAAAGAAUAAGUAUCCGUGGUGGAAAACUGAUGAUCUCCAAUACCAGGAAAAGUGAUGCAGGGAUGUAUACCUGUGUUGGCACCAAUAUGGUGGGAGAAAGAGACAGUGAUCCAGCAGAGCUGACUGUCUUUGAACGACCCACAUUUCUCAGGAGGCCAAUUAACCAGGUGGUGCUGGAGGAAGAAGCUGUAGAAUUUCGUUGUCAGGUCCAGGGAGAUCCUCAACCAACUGUGCGGUGGAAAAAGGAUGAUGCAGACUUGCCAAGAGGAAGGUAUGACAUCAAAGACGAUUACACACUGAGAAUUAAAAAGGCCAUGAGUACAGAUGAAGGCACCUACAUGUGUAUUGCCGAGAACCGGGUUGGAAAAGUAGAAGCCUCUGCUUCUCUCACAGUCCGAGCUCGCCCUGUUGCUCCUCCACAGUUUGUGGUUAGGCCAAGAGAUCAGAUUGUUGCUCAAGGUCGAACAGUGACAUUUCCCUGUGAAACUAAAGGAAACCCACAGCCAGCUGUUUUUUGGCAAAAAGAAGGCAGCCAGAACUUGCUUUUUCCAAAUCAACCCCAGCAACCCAACAGUAGAUGCUCUGUUUCGCCAACCGGAGACCUCACAAUUACCAACAUUCAGCGCUCGGAUGCGGGUUACUAUAUCUGCCAGGCCCUAACUGUGGCGGGAAGCAUUUUAGCAAAAGCUCAACUGGAAGUUACUGAUGUUUUGACAGAUAGACCUCCACCCAUAAUUCUACAAGGCCCGGCCAACCAAACACUAGCAAUAGAUGGUACAGCAUUACUGAAAUGUAAAGCUACUGGUGAUCCUCUUCCUGUAAUUAGCUGGUUAAAGGAGGGAUUUACUUUCCUGGGUAGAGAUCCAAGAGCAACUAUACAAGAACAAGGAACACUGCAGAUUAAGAAUUUACGGAUUUCUGAUACUGGUACUUAUACUUGUGUGGCUACAAGUUCAAGUGGGGAGACUUCGUGGAGUGCUGUGCUGGAUGUGACAGAAUCUGGAGCAACAAUCAGUAAAAACUAUGACUUAAGUGACCUGCCAGGGCCACCAUCCAAACCACAGGUCACUGAUGUUACUAAGAACAGUGUCACCUUGUCCUGGCAACCAGGUACCCCUGGAGUCCUUCCAGCAAGUGCAUAUAUCAUUGAGGCUUUCAGCCAAUCAGUGAGUAAUAGCUGGCAGACGGUGGCAAACCACGUAAAGACCACAGUCUACACAGUGAGAGGACUGAGGCCCAAUACGAUCUACUUAUUCAUGGUCAGAGCCAUCAACCCGCAAGGUCUCAGUGACCCAAGCCCCAUGUCAGAUCCUGUGCGCACACAAGAUAUCAGCCCACCAGCACAAGGAGUGGACCAUAGACAAGUACAGAAAGAACUAGGAGAUGUCAUUGUCCGUCUUCAUACUCCAGUUGUGUUGACCCCCACCACUGUUCAAGUCACGUGGACGGUUGAUCGCCAACCCCAGUUUAUUCAAGGCUACCGAGUGAUGUAUCGUCAGACUUCAAGCCUGCAGGCUACAUCAACAUGGCAGAAUUUAGAUGCCAAAGUCCCAACUGAACGAAGUGCUGUCUUAGUCAACCUGAAAAAGGGGGUGACUUAUGAAAUUAAAGUUCGACCAUAUUUUAAUGAGUUCCAAGGAAUGGACAGUGAAUCUAAAAUAGUUCGUACUACUGAAGAAGCCCCAAGUGCCCCUCCACAAUCUGUCACUGUGUUAACAGUUGGAAGCCACAAUAGCACAAGUAUUAGUGUUUCCUGGGAUCCUCCUCCUCCGGAUCAUCAGAAUGGAAUCAUCCAAGAAUACAAGAUCUGGUGCCUGGGGAAUGAAACACGAUUCCAUAUCAACAAAACUGUGGAUGCAGCCAUUCGAUCUGUGAUAAUUGGUGGAUUGUUCCCAGGUAUUCAAUACCGGGUGGAGGUUGCAGCUAGCACGAGUGCAGGGGUUGGAGUAAAAAGUGAGCCGCAACCAAUAAUCAUUGGGGGACGUAAUGAAGUUGUCAUUACUGAAAACAAUAACAGUAUAACUGAGCAAAUCACUGAUGUUGUGAAGCAACCAGCCUUUAUAGCUGGUAUUGGUGGUGCCUGCUGGGUAAUUUUGAUGGGUUUUAGCAUCUGGUUGUAUUGGCGAAGAAAGAAGAGAAAGGGACUCAGUAACUAUGCUGUUACAUUUCAAAGAGGAGAUGGAGGACUAAUGAGCAAUGGGAGCCGUCCUGGUCUUCUAAAUGCUGGGGAUCCCAGUUAUCCAUGGCUUGCUGAUUCAUGGCCAGCCACGAGCUUACCAGUAAACAACAGCAACAGUGGCCCAAAUGAGAUUGCGAAUUUUGGACGUGGAGAUGUGCUGCCACCAGUUCCAGGCCAAGGGGAUAAAACAGCAACAAUGCUCUCAGAUGGAGCUAUUUAUAGCAGCAUUGACUUCACGACCAAAACCACUUACAACAGUUCCAGCCAAAUAACACAGGCCACCCCAUAUGCCACCACACAGAUCUUGCAUUCCAAUAGCAUUCACGAAUUGGCUGUCGAUCUGCCUGAUCCACAGUGGAAAAGCUCCAUUCAGCAAAAAACAGACCUGAUGGGAUUUGGAUAUUCUCUACCUGAUCAGAACAAAGGUAACAAUGGUGGGAAAGGUGGAAAAAAGAAGAAAAAUAAAAACUCUUCUAAACCACAGAAAAACAAUGGAUCGACCUGGGCCAAUGUUCCUCUACCUCCUCCCCCAGUCCAGCCCCUUCCUGGUACAGAGCUGGAACACUAUUCAGUGGAACAGCAAGAAAAUGGGUAUGACAGUGAUAGCUGGUGCCCACCAUUACCGGUCCAAACAUACUUACACCAGGGUAUGGAAGAUGAACUGGAAGAAGAUGAUGAUCGUGUCCCAACACCUCCUGUCCGAGGCGUGGCUUCUUCUCCUGCUAUUUCCUUUGGACAGCAGUCUACUGCAACUCUUACACCAUCCCCACGGGAAGAGAUGCAGCCCAUGCUGCAAGCUCACCUGGAUGAGUUGACAAGAGCCUAUCAGUUUGAUAUAGCCAAGCAAACAUGGCACAUUCAAAGCAAUAAUCAACCUCCACAGCCCCCGGUUCCACCAUUAGGUUACAUGUCCGGAGCCUUGAUUUCCGAUUUGGAAACAGAUGUUCCAGAUGAUGAUGCUGAUGAUGAGGAGGAAGCUUUAGAAAUCCCCCGGCCCCUGAGAGCACUAGAGCAGACACCUGGAUCCAGUAUGGACAAUCUAGACAGCUCUGUGACAGGCAAAGCUUUUACCUCCUCUCAAAGACCUCGGCCAACCAGCCCAUUUUCUGCUGACAGUAAUACCAGUGCAGCCCUGAGUCAAAGUCAGAGGCCUCGGCCCACUAAAAAACACAAGGGAGGGCGAAUGGACCAACAACCAGCAUUGCCUCAUCGAAGGGAAGGAAUGACAGAUGAGGAGACAUUGGUGCCCUACAGCAAGCCCAGUUUCCCAUCUCCAGGAGGUCACAGCUCAUCAGGAACAGCUUCUUCUAAAGGAUCCACUGGACCAAGGAAAGCCGAGGCGUUGAGGGGAAGUCACCAGCGCAAUGCCAGCGACCUUCUUGACAUAGGAUAUAUGGGCUCAAAUAGUCAAGGACAGUUUACAGGUGAAUUAUAGUAACUGAGAGGAGACAUGCAAAGCUGCUCUGAAGGACCACCAGGUCUGAACUCAUGGAAGUGAUGACACUAAACAGUGCAAUGAACAAUUUCUUUAUUUAUGUACAAUUAAAAGAACUGUAAAUGCAAUGUAAAGACACACAGCCACACAUAUCCCACAGAUAUUUUACUUGUGUUCUUCUCUUAACUACACCACCCACCUUAACUCUUUCUUGUCAGGAGUAUAUAAAAAAGAAAGAAAAGCAAACUCGCCCUCCAGGAAGAAAAGGAUUUUCCUCUGUAUAUAAUUUCUUUUGUGCAUUGCUAUGCAAGCUCACUCUUUUUAGAUCUGUUCAUACUAUUGUCUGUUUUUAUUGGUCUGUUGUACUAUAUGUGAAUUAAUAGGCUGUGGUGCCAUAUAUUAACUUUUAAUUGUGUAACUUUUAUGUUUAAAUUUUGCACUGCAAUUUUUUUUGGUGAUAAGCACAAAUCUCUACUCCUCGUGACAUGAAGAACAAGACUGAAUGUGAAGGGAGUUUCUGUACUGUAAGCUAGGCUGGAUAUGCUGGUUGGAACCAAUCACGUUAGAUGGUUUGCAGCUGGGGUGUAGGAAUAGGAAGAUGCAAAGGAACAGUGGUCUUGGCAAAGUCUUCUUUGAAUAUCAGGGACUGAGUCAAUAAAAAGAAAAGCAGAAAGGUGGCUUUUACUAUUGACAAAAAGAAGGGGUCAAAGAAAGAAAUUUAAGUCUUAAGGCUAAAUAGACAUUACAAUAUGCAGGUAGCAAAGAUGUACUAAGCUUGCUAAAAAAAAAGAAAAAGAAAAGAAAUCAAGGUUAUAUGUAGAAUCAACUUAACCUGUCAUUGUAAUUGACCCAUCUGAGAAUUAUAACAAGCAAAAGGAAAUUAAGGUGUUUCACAAGAGCUGUGUUUAUAUUACAGUUUUUAUAAAAGCAUUUUCUGAAUUACCAUAAUUAAUCUCUCCAACUCAUUAAGUCAGAAUAUAAUGUGAAGUUCCCCAAGGAAACAAACAAAAUGAACUCUAGAAUAUCUAGCAAAUAGUUAAAGAGGCAAUUUAUUAUUAGGACAUACUCGGGCUGCUUCCAAAUGCAAAAACUCUAUUGCAAUAUCUCGUUUGAUCUUUCUAAUACAUGUACAGUACACACUAGAGGAUAGAGCUGCAUCACUUAAAUUUAUGACUUUGAAAAAAUAAUGCAGUCUAUAGACAACUUUGUGUUUUAUUUGGUUAAAAAGUGAAGUUUAUGCCACAAAUGUAUAGCCAAAUUGUAAGUGCUUACAAAGCAGUGCUCAGAGUAUGUUCAGUUCACAGUAAGUAGAUUUAUUGGGAUAAACAUUUUGUGGUACAUUCUCAGAAAUUGGCUACCAACUAAAAUAUGUUUGACCCGUUUUGAAUGAGUAAGUUGAAAAGAGAAAUUUAAAAGGAGAAAAAUGCAUGUUUAUACACUUUUUAAAUAAAACCAAACCUCAUU